GAGUGGCUCCCGAAGUGGCUCCCGAAGUUUGGCUAUCUUGGCCUCCUUGGCAUGUUGAUAUCUGACAUGUCCCAGCCUACCAGGUGUCUCGUCACCAUCAAAUCAUUCGUCAACAUCAGAUCACAGGCCCGGGAGACUGCAAUCUUAAGUACCUGACAUCUAAUACAUUGAGCGAUGGACUUAUACUGAUAAUUUCAAUCUUAAUCUAACGAGAUGGGUCCCUUAAAGCCUGUGUAUCCAUGGAGGUAUUCAUCUAACAUAUUUUGCGCCCGCCAUCGUUUCGGUCAACGCUACGCCCCCAGAUAUUUCCCUCAUCAAUGGAUAUCCCGACGAUAUAGUUUUGUUCCAGACCGUGGUAGCUCUCCAGAACUUAGCACUGACUAUUGCGAGUUUUACAAUUAUACGGGGGGGCGCUGGUUGUGGGAUGAAGAAAAACAAUUACGGCUCCGUUACAAAGAAUUCAAUGUCAAUGCCUUGCAGCGCAUAGCAGCCCAGGCAGUCGGAGCGAACAAAUGUGAACAUAUUUCCAAAGUCACAGAUGGCGGGCACAGCAAAGUAUUCCGGCUUGUAAUGGAUAACGGCGCGGUUGCUAUCGCAAGCAUACCAUAUUUAAUCGAUGGAUUUCCCAAGUACUACUCAACGGCAUCAACAGCUGCAACGAUGGAAUUUGUGAGAACAAUUCUUGGGAUUCCUGUUCCUAAAGUUCUAGCAUGGGACGCAAACGAGGACAAUUCAGUGGGCACGGAGUUUAUCCUGACCGAAGAGGCCAGGGGGACUCCACUGAAAGACGUAUGGGCAAAUAUGGAAGCGCGGGAUCAGAUAGCUUUCAUUGAGAAUCUUGUCUCAAUUCAUAAGAAACUCUUGUCUGUAACUUUUAAUCGGUAUGGAAGCCUGUAUUUUUCAAGCUGCCCUAUCAAGGGGUCAAGGGCUGAAGUUAAAGGCCUCAUUUCCACUGCCGUUCAACGAGAUGUCAUGGACAAGUUUACAAUUGGGCCUACCGCUCGGAAUGACUUUUGGUUCAAGGAAAGAGCAAACCUGGAUAUAGAUCGGGGCCCAUGGGAAACUCCUCUUGAAUAUGCAAUGGCAGUUGGCCAACGAGAAAUAGACUGGAUGAAAAAGCAUCCCAAUAUGAGGGAGAUUGAUAUUGAUUCGGAUUGCCCACCUACAGAUGAUUUGCUAUCACCGGAAGCACACAAUUCCCUAUUUGACAAGUACAUACGUAUUGCUCCUCUGCUCCUACCGAAGGACCCUACAUUGGUGGCAUCUUACCUUUCCCUUCCACCUUUUCAUAGCGAGAACAUAUUUUUGGAAGGCAAUCGGAUCAGUAGUAUUCUUGGCUGGCAGCAUGUAUGGGCGGGACCUUUAUUCAUUGAGGCCUCCCCGCCAGCACUCGUUAAGGUCAAUGGCGAUGAUUUGACCCUCGAUUAUCCAGAUGAAUAUAAGAAUCUAGCGGAGGACGAACGAAGAGAAAUCGACGAAAAAAUUGCUCAAUCUGUUCUCCGGUACGCUUACCAGAAAUUCGUCUCCAGGGACGUUCCCCAGCUUGACAAACUUUUCUCCUUUGAUUUCGCGCAAAUCAGAGCAUUACCUAUCCAGCUAUGUGUCAGCUCAUGGAAAGACGACGACAUCGCACGGUUUAGGGAAUCCCUUAUGAAGAUUCAACGACGCUGGGACUUCUUGGGUAUCGAAGGGCCGAUUCCGUACAAAUUUACCGACGAAGAAUUAAAAAGGCAAGCGGAUAGCGCAGACACAUUCAACCGACAUCAGGACUUCUUGGAUCAGAUUUCGCCCCUCGUGAGUAGAUGUGGAUGGACGAGCAACAGUACUUAUCCGCAGGCGGUGAGAAUGUUUGCUGAGAUGGCGAGGGAGGUGAAUCAAGAUGGCAACGUUGACGAAGGCAUAAAAGCUGAAUUUCAACAGUUCAUCGAUAAAGAAUCAGAGCUUGAAGGAGAGCCAAAAUAAAUUCUCCCAACCCCCCAUCUUUCUCUUGUCUCCAGGUUGUUAUCUUGUACUUGUUUCUCUCUUCGUACUGUAUAAAUAGCGAGACGAUACCCCCCUCAGUCCAUUAGAUAUGCUGUUAUAUAGCAAAUAUAUUUAUAACUUUUCUUUUGCAUAA